GGCUACAACGACCCGGGGAAUCGGUGUCGGCGGGCGCGCUGAUUUUUUUUUUAAGCGCAAGGGGUAAGCGCAAAGGCUAACGUUCGUCAGGAGUUACUUCACUCGUCGGUUGGUAUCGGCGCUGUAUGCGCAGAGGUGGAAUUGUUUGUUUAUAUUUUUUUUUUUCACUCUCUGCGCGCGAUUUUUGGGAUUGGGCACUUUGUACGGGAGUAAGGACGGGCCCAGGAGGCCGGUUAUCGCGGAGGUGAGGGCCUUAUCGUGAUCUACUACUCGGUGUUGCUUUUUUCGGCGGAGGAAUUUUUAGCUGGCGUGGCUAGCGAUUCCGCCUCCACCUUCCCUCCGGAACGGUUUCAUUCAGAGCCUUCCUUGGAUGGGACGGUUCACGGACUGGUGGAACUGUAGUGUCAAGAGUUGAGGUACCUCCGACACCCAGGGAGGUGAUAAUAGGGUGGCUAACAUGACCCGGCUGGCAUUGCGAUUCGUCGCAACCGUGGUCUGCCUGUCCGUCGUCGUCACAGGGGAACGCAAUAGCACAGCGUGGAUACGAAGUGGUAGAGUUCGCGGUGUGAGAGAGACAAAUGAGAGGGAACGAGGAGAUAUUGCAUCGGACCCUGGAGACACAGCACCCAGUUCUUGGGACGAUGGAGGAUCAUACGAUGAUUCCUUGAGGAGUUCGGUUUAUAACCGAGGAGAUCCCGGUUAUGGCUAUGACAGCUCUAAGGAUCGCAAUCGCUACGAUGGAAACCGUGGAGGUGAUGGUUCUGGCCAAUCCUACGGAGGCCAGCGAGGUUACGAUAGUUCAGGACAAUCGUACGGUGGUCAGGGUGGUCAGACAGGGUACGGUGGUGGUUACGAUCAGCGUAGAGGUGAUGGCUAUAGCCAGGGAGGAAGGGAUGAGUACAGUCAGGGGGGAAGGGAUGGUUACAGCCAGGGAGGAAGGGAUGAUUAUAACCACGGAGGAAGGGAUGGUUACGACCAGGGAAGAAGGGAUGAUUAUAAUCAAGGAGGAAGGGAUGGUUACAAUCAGGGAGGAGACGGCUACCAUCAGGGUGGAUACGGCCAGGGCGCUGAAAACAGAUCAAGGUCAGGUACGGGGUCGGGGUAUGGUCAGUAUCCGGACAGCUAUCAGGUGUAUCCAGUACCUGGUGACAGGACUUCAAAGAACUGCACUGGCACCGGCUGUUGUGCCCCCAAGUGCUUCGCUGAGAAAGGAUCGAGAGGGCCUCCUGGAAUCAUUGGUCCCGCCGGGCCCAAGGGACAGAUCGGUUUCCCUGGUGCUGAAGGACUGCUGGGACCGAAGGGAGAGAAGGGAGAUCCGGGCCCCCAGGGACCUAUUGGAAUCAAGGGUGACAGAGGUGCGAUGGGUUUCCCAGGAUACCCCGGAAUCGCUGGUGUUCCUGGCGUUCAAGGCUACCCUGGAGCACCUGGUAUGCCUGGAAGAGACGGUUGCAAUGGAACUGACGGAGAAGCCGGACGUCCUGGAGUCCCUGGAGAGCCCGGACCUCGAGGUUAUCGAGGGGGUACAGGGCCCAAAGGAGACAAGGGUGUGGCAGCGUACGCAGGAAAAUUCUCUGAUGGACAGAAAGGAGAGCCCGGUCUUGACGGAGUCAGAGGACCACCAGGACAACCUGGACCACAAGGUCCACACGGUUUCCCAGGUCCCAAGGGUGAUCGUGGACUAGUCGGCCCUCCAGGAGCCCCAGGACCGAAAGGAACAAAGGGCAACAUGGGCUUAGGAUUCGAGGGGCUUAAAGGUGAUAAAGGUCUGAAAGGAGAACCCGGUCCUCCCGGUAGAGAGCCGGACUUUCCACCGUUUACAGGUACAACGAGUUCAGUUGGACCUACUGGUGAACCAGGACAAAAAGGAGACAAGGGAGAUCAAGGAUUUGAUGGGGCGAAAGGAGAAAUUGGUUUCCCAGGAGAUGGUGGAGUACCUGGUUCUCAUGGUGGUAAGGGAGAAAAAGGUCUUCCUGGAGCCCCUGGAAUCCGAGGGAGAGAUGGUUUCUCCGGCCCUCCCGGGCCCCCAGGACGCAAGGGAGACCGUGGUAUCGACGGAUUAGAUGGAUUGCCAGGUAGACAUGGACAAAAGGGAGAGCCCGGACUUGAUGGGCCUUCUGGUGUUACUGGUCUGCGUGGACCUCCUGGGCCACCAGGGGGCGGUAAAGGACAACCAGGGCCACCGGGCCCAAUUGGACCCAGAGGAUUUCCAGGGCCAGUAGGGCCUAGAGGCUUGGACGGUUAUCCUGGAGAACCCGGGCCACGUGGACCCAUCGGUUUAACUGGUGGUCCUGGCUUAGCUGGGAUUCCUGGAGCUGAGGGAGCACCUGGUGAUAAAGGAGUGAAAGGAGAGCCCGGGCUAACGGGAUUCCCCGGUGAGGGUGGACCCAGAGGAUUCGAUGGUCCUCCAGGACCCGCUGGGCCUCGGGGGCCUCAAGGAGACAAGGGAUUCUCCAUUAUUGGACCAAAAGGAAUGGACGGAUCUCGAGGUUUGGACGGUGCAAAGGGUCAGAAAGGAGAACGGGGUUACGUAGGAGUUCGUGGACGACCUGGAGACUCUUUAGAUGGCAUUCCCGGUGCUCCAGGUGUUCCUGGGUUACCUGGAGAAGCUGGACUUCCAGGUAGAGAGGGAACUCCCGGUUUUCCAGGUGAACCCGGUGAGAAAGGAGACGUUGGAGGUCGCUGUUCAGACUGUAUACCCGGAUACCCUGGUGCUAAGGGUGAUCGAGGAUCUGAUGGAACACCGGGAUUGGCAGGACCGAGGGGACCGCCUGGAGAGAGGGGAUAUCCAGGAGAAGCUGGAGCUGAUGGAUUACCGGGGCAGACUGGACCCCCUGGACCAACCGGAAAGGAUGGAAUUAAUGGAGCUCCUGGACCACAGGGUGAGCCUGGUGCACCUGCAUUCAUCACAGAGAGCAUGUUAAAACUGGACAAGGGUGACAAGGGAGUGCGUGGAGAGCCUGGAAGACCUGGGCCAGUUGGACCAGAGGGACCCAUUGGAGAGAAAGGAAGACCUGGAUUUGAAGGAUUCCCGGGUCUAAAAGGACAGCCGGGUGAUCGGGGAUUCCCAGGACAAGAUGGAACUCCCGGUAGACCUGGAGUACCUGGACGUAAAGGAGACAAAGGAUCGAGUAUCAAGGGUGAAGCCGGUUUAGCUGGGCGCGAUGGAUAUUCGGGACCCAAAGGAGAUCCUGGACCUUAUGGCGAGAAAGGAGAACCAGGUCAAUGUCCACCAGUUAACUUGGAGGAAGGUCUCAAGGGAGAUCGCGGGGCUCCUGGACAGAAGGGAGAACCCGGACCUCCUGGACGUGAUGGACUACCUGGAGACAAAGGUCUUCAAGGAUUUGUGGGACUGCAAGGAACUAUCGGACCAAUUGGUGCUCCAGGGCCUGUUGGGCCUCGUGGAUUACCAGGGCCACGUGGGGACAAAGGAGAUAUUGGACCGAUGGGAUUCCCCGGUGAACCUGGUAGAGAAGGACCACGAGGAUUCCCCGGUAUACCAGCGCCGAAAGGAGAGAAGGGAGAACCGGGAUUGUCGAUGAAAGGAAGUCAAGGGUUGGCUGGGCCACCUGGUGAAAAGGGAGAACAAGGUUUACCUGGACCACCAGGCAAAGAAGGAGCUCCUGGAUAUCCUGGAUUGCCUGGAUUCAAUGGAGAGAAAGGUGACAUCGGUAGUCCUGGAAUCAACGGGCUCCCAGGUGCCCCAGGUGAGAAAGGAGACACUGGAUUGAUAGGGCCCCCCGGACCGCCAGGAGUAGCAGGCCUAUCAGGCGCUGACGGCCCUAAGGGUGAACCUGGUCUCACUGGUGAACCCGGGCGAGCUGGUUUCCCCGGAUUCCCAGGUGUCAAAGGAGACAGAGGCGAGCCUGGUAUCGAUGGACCAAAAGGUUAUCCGGGACGUAGGGGAAUCCCCGGAGUUUCGGGACGACCGGGUCUAGACGGGCCGAGUGGACCGAAGGGUGAACAAGGUGAGAAAGGUUUACCAGGUUUCCCUGGUCUCCCUGGAAUGGAAGGUACGCCCGGUAGACCUGGUGUUCCAGGACCAAAGGGUGAUCGUGGAUUCGAAGGUUCUCCUGGACUGCCGGGAUCAAUCGGCUUAAAUGGACUCAAAGGAGAUCGUGGUGCGCCCGGAUUCCCCGGGAGAAAAGGUGAACCUGGCAGUGUAUCUGACAAGGGACAGAAGGGAGAGCCUGGAAUGCCUGGAAUUCGUGGGCCAACAGGUCUACCUGGGAGAGAAGGAGUUGAUGGGGAAAAGGGAGAAGCUGGUAGACCCGGCUUUGCUCGUGACGGAUUGCCGGGACUGAAGGGAGAACCUGGUGAGCGUGGACUGGAUGGGUUGCCGGGAUUGCAAGGAGAAAAGGGAGACACUGGGGUACACGGAUUCCCGGGUAUGAAGGGUGACAGAGGAUUCCCGGGACUCUACGGUGAAGCUGGUAAACCUGGCUUGGAAGGACUUCCUGGAAUACCCGGUGACAUUGGACCACAAGGUCCACCUGGUUAUCCUGGACUCAAUGGAGAAAUUGGACAGCCUGGUAGACCUGGCUUGGAUGGAGUCAAGGGUGACGCUGGACCUCAGGGACUGGAUGGAUUGCCUGGAGUGCCUGGACCUUUUGGCGAGAAGGGAGAUCGUGGUCCUCCUGGUCUCACUAUCAACAUCAAGGGUGAGAAGGGAGAGCCUGGAUUACCAGGAACCCAUGGGGCGGAUGGAGAAAAGGGAGAUCGCGGAUAUGACGGACCGCCUGGGUUCGAUGGACAGAAAGGAGAGAGGGGCGCACCUGGACCCAUGGGCAAUCCAGGAGCCACUGGUGCACCUGGACCCAAAGGCGAUCAUGGACCUACUGGCGCUCCUGGCGGCCCCGGCCAAACGGUGAAGGGAGAAAAGGGUCUCCCAGGGCUUCUCGGCAAGCACGGACGCGAUGGAUUCCCCGGAAUUGCAGGAGAAAAGGGAGAACCAGGUUUCCCAGGUCUGCCAGGACCCAAAGGAGACGCUGGAACGUGGGGAUCACCUGGACUUCAAGGCGAGAAGGGCGAGCCCGGGCCGAUAGGUCCAGAAGGACUUCCCGGACGAAGUGGCGAACCAGGAUUCGAGGGUGCUCCAGGAGUUCCUGGAGACAGAGGACCCAAGGGAGAUCAAGGACCUCCAGGAUUGUUCGGAGGAGUUGGACAGAAGGGAGAUCGUGGACUUUCAGGACCACCGGGUCUGAAUGGUAUACCGGGUGAAAAAGGUGACAGAGGAUUCGACAGUUCGCCUGGUGCGCCAGGUUUUCCGGGAGAGAAGGGAGACCGAGGAUAUCCUGGGCCAAUUGGAUUGAUGGGAGCUAUUGGUUACGUCGGUAUCAAGGGAGAUAAGGGUGAUGAGUGUAUCGAGCCUCCAAUGGGACCAAAGGGCGAUCGGGGCUAUCCAGGACCUCCUGGAGCCCCUGGUCAACCCGGUGAGAAGGGAAUGGAGGGUCCCCCAGGUUUCCCAGGUACUCCUGGUCCCAAGGGAGUAGCUGGAUAUUCAGGGGCACCUGGUCAGCCAGGUCUACCUGGUCUAGCAGGACCAGUUGGUCCUCCGGGACUUCCAGGUCUCCAGGGGCCUACUGGUAUUCCAGGAGCCAGAGGAGAGCCAGGAGCUUCUUGUGAACAGGCUUCCGACUAUCUCACCGGCAUUCUCCUGGUCAGACACAGCCAGACCCAAAACCUACCCUACUGCGAACCCGGUCAUAUUAAACUCUGGGAGGGGUACAGUCUUCUGUACACAGACGGAGAUGAGAGAGCACAUUCUCAAGAUCUAGGUUAUGCUGGCUCGUGUGUAAGGAAAUUCUCUACUAUGCCUUUCCUCUUCUGCGACGUCAACAACGUGUGCCAUUACGCCAGCCGAAAUGACCGUUCUUAUUGGCUGUCUACCAAUAGUCCGAUACCGAUGAUGCCCGUGGAAGAAACGGGUAUCGAGGAGUACAUCUCUAGGUGCGUCGUUUGUGAAGUACCAGCCAAUGUUCUAGCUGUUCACAGUCAAUCGCUGAGUAUACCAGAGUGCCCCAACGGAUGGUCUGGUCUAUGGAUAGGCUACAGUUUCGUCAUGCACACCGGCGCCGGUUCUCAGGGUGGUGGCCAGUCACUAUCAAGUCCCGGCUCCUGUCUGGAAGAUUUCCGUGCAACCCCCUUCAUCGAGUGCAACGGUGCAAAAGGACACUGCCACUACUACGCCAACGAAUUCAGCUUCUGGAUGGCAACGAUCGAGGAUAGACAGCAAUUCCAGAGGCCUGAAAAACAAACACUCAAAGCUGGUAACCUAAGAAGCCGAAUAAGUCGAUGCCAAGUUUGUAUAAAGAAUACGUAAGAGAAUAUGAUACAGCAAUUAUUGUAAAACAAUUUGAUAUUUCAAUUUUUCAUUUGAAAAUUCAGUGGACAAGUGGUAAAACGUGAUAAGUUGAGUUGCCUCUGAGCCGAGCUUUUGUAAGCAAUAACUCGGAAUCGGAGAGAGAUAGGGGAAUUGUCGUCAGGACAUUUUUUGUAGAACUCAAUUCGCCGAACAAAAAAGGUCCUGCUGAAAAUAUUGCUGUCUUCCCUAGAUUCCGGGAUAUUCAUCAAAAACUGGCCAAAAGUCAGAAGUGAGUUAUCUCGCUUUAGCACUUCGCUACUGAAUUUAUAAACAAUUUCAUUCAUGGAUUCAACGAAUCAGACAGUAGUUCUGGGAGUGGGAUUAUUGAGGAUAUUGAGUGAAUAAAGAAACUCACUCGGGACAACAAUUUUUUUUUCUCGCCUGCAAUGUUUUCUCCAGUGCUUUUCUAGCAUAUCUUUUAGCAAAGUAACCCCCAGUGUUUUAUUCUCAGUUUUGAAAGGAGUUCCAUUGCGACUCAAUUUUCAAUACUCACAUCGUCUAUUCUACUCCAGUGAGUUCAUCUUUUUCUCCUUCAACUCAUUCCUCGUUAACCCAUUCCACUUUUAUCUCAACUUGCUGGAAAAAGAUACAGAAAGAAAACUUGGUCCUUCACUCAUCUCACUACUCUCUCCUCCUCCUCUUCCUCCCACCCCCUCUUUCCGCAAAAUGUGGUUUGUUUUUUUUUCCACCUUACAUUUUUAUAACUAUACGACUAAGUGCCUAGCAAUACUAUUUAGCAUGUAAAAUAAUAUAUAUUUAUAUCGUUAAAUUUGUACGAAGUCAAUUAAAUGAUCAAAAUGAAGAUGAAUUAUAUGUUUUAUUCGGAUAAUGAGAGAUUUUUAUGGGAUGCGAUAAUACUACCGACACUGCCGAUAAUCAAUAUGGCAAAUUUUACAUAUUGUAUAUUAAUGUAAUGAGAAAUUUUUAAUGAAGAAAUUUGUAGCCCAAAAUGUACGCGUGAAGCCAAAUAUUUAAGUACAUAGGUAUUUUGCUACAUAGCCAAUAAAAAUUAUACUUCGAA